AUGAGACGUGUUGUUAUUCAAUGUCAACACGAUGACGAUAUUCCAAUAAUAAUGGAAAUAAUCAAUUCGUAUGGAGGAAGUCUAAUUCGACCACAGUCACCUCAAAGAUUCGAUAUGAUUCAUGUGGAUUUAUCAGAAGAAAAUGAAACAACAUUAAGUGAUUUUGUCAAGGAAUUACAAAGUAAGAUCAACUCAGUUGCAGUGAAGGUGUUUUGA